AAAUGAGGUUAGAAUAGGGUUUUGUUUUUGUUUAAAAAAUAAUUAUUUCCUAUCGAAGUUAAUAAUUUUGAAAAGUGAUUUAAGUUGCUAAAAUUCAAAAUGAGCGCUUUAUUAAUUAAUGCUAUAAAAAGAUUGACCAUAUCGUCAAUACCUAAAGUCCGGGCACUUUCAGUGGAAUCUUCAUCUGCUUUACAAAAUUCCAAUCUUAAUAUAGAGAAAAAAGAUUGGUUAUAUCCACCGCAGUACACAAAGCCUCGAGAAGUAUGGAUCGAGAACUUGGACUCAGUCGAAGAAAAGAAACUUGGACUAUUCGAGCUCCAUCCGAUGGUAUAUGCAGUAACUCCUCGUAUUGAUAUUAUUCACAAAAAUAUGGUAUGGCAGCAGAAAUACAGAUGGGUGUCUUGGGCGAACACUAAAACUAGGGCCGAAGUGCGUGGUGGCGGUAGAAAGCCCUGGGCUCAGAAAGGUUCGGGGCGCGCUCGUCAUGGCUCAAUUAGAUCUCCCCUGUGGAGAGGAGGUGGUAUAGCGCACGGACCACGAUCCGGCAAAACACACUUCUUCAUGUUACCCUUCCAUCUAAGAAUACACGGCUUGACAUCAAUGCUCUCCGGAAAAUUGGCACAAGAUGACUUACAUAUCGUAAAAGAUUUAGAACUGCCUACAGAUGAGACAGGUUACAUCAUGCAAUUAAUAGAAAAUAGAAAUUGGGGACCUUCAGUAUUGAUUGUUGACGACAAUGAUAUAGUACCAAGAAACUUAACUGUAGCUACAGAUAGUUUGCCACACAUUAACAUUAUGCCUGUGUAUGGAUUGAAUGUCUACUCAAUGUUGAAGCAUGAUACUCUGAUACUGACUCAAGCCGCUGCCGAAAAAAUUGAGGAAAGGAUAUUACACCAUCUGCACAGCAACACCAUGCAACAACAGGCUAAGUUUAAGUUAAAUCAAGUGUAAAGUAAAUCAAUAAAUGUUUUAGUUAGA